AUGCUAACGCUUCGUGCCGUGCUCAUCCGGAUCAACGCUGGCACGAAGUGGAUCGUCUCAGGAGAGGAGCUGCCUUUGAACGUGUCAGCGGGUGCUGCUGUUGGCAAAGGUGAAGGGCUGAAGUACCCUGAGCAUACCCAAUAUGUUCAUGCCGACCACACUGACGAUAGGUUCCAAACCUCCCGCCAAGCGUCUAACUCCCAGCGCGCCACAUUGUCUCAAAGCAGGGGCCGUCUUGGGGGUGCUCCUGUGGCGUCGCCACGACACCACUUGCUGGGCUCUGCUGGGAUCGGUGCUUGCGGCCGCCAAUUGCAAGCUGUGGAAGAUACUCUUGAAUCAGUCUCGGCCGACGGGAGCGCCAAAAUUGGAUUUCUAUCGACUUAUGCUGCUCUGGACCUUGUCGUGCCCUUCAGCGACUCUGGGAUGCGCUUGUGGCAACCAGGUGCAUCUCGUGUUCUAGCCGGAGCUGGGAUCCUAGCAAGCGCGCUGGGCUUCACUUGGCUCCGGGUUACGCUGGGUUUCCACACAUCGGCACAGGUGGCCGUUGGAUUCGGGCUCGGAGUCGCCAGUGCAGCAGUCUGGCAGUUCCUGUAUGGUUCUGCAUUUCUUCCGGUCUUGGCGGCCGACACAACUGGAAAACUUCGAUUCGGCUUUUACGUGGCCACAGCGAUGGCUGCCACCCUGUUUGCCAUCAAGGUGCUGCGAGACCGGCACACAGAAAAGAAGCGCUGCAUUUGGACCAGGGCCGAGUCGGAACUAGCAGUGCAGGACUAUUGGCUGUUCCGCUUGCAGUGUACCGCUGCAGCAAGACUACGUGCCGGCUCGAUCCUUACGAGAAAGGAUCCUUCACCUGGCAAGGUGCUCCGUGCCCUGCAGUCGGUCAGCAUGGCUGUGACCCCGCGUUUGCAAGUGGAAGGUGCAGCGCAGGAGUUCGUCCUCAGCCUUCCCGGUCCGGCACCGGAGGAGGAGGCAGUCGAUUGCACUGCGCUUCUAGAGGAUGUGGACAUCAUGUGGAAGAAGUCGCCGGCUGAGCAGUCGAACUUCUGCCUGUGCAUCGUUGUGCUUCAGAAGCUCCUGGUGAAGCGGCAAGGAGCUAGCGCCAACAUGGGGGCUCUUUUUAAUGCCCGGCGGUUGAAGGACGAGGUGGAGGAGGCUUCGAAGUCCACCAUCGACACGCAGCAAAAGAAGGCCAUGGCUGCCGGGAAGGUUGCCAACAAAGUGCAUGCUGUGGAUGAUGCUUGCCUGGCUUUGGAGAAGAAGGCGGUCAAGAACAUGGGCGUGGCAAACGUUUGGAGACGGAAUGACCUGGCUGUCCGCAGCGGUGGCAAUGGUCUUUGCGAGAUCAUGGUCCCACACGUUAAAGGCGAGAUCGAGGUCCGCAUGUGCGUGACCGGUGCCAACCUCUCCGUCGAGCGCGGGUCCCUCAUCCCGAUGACUCGCAUGCAAAUGGAGGAGCUGCGGAAGCUUCUGGCAGAGGUCGAGUCCGCAAAAUCUGAUCAGAUACGCUUGGAGAGUGCGGUAUCGCAAUGCAGCAGGGAUCUGAAGCAAAAGAUUUUCCUGGCGAUGGCCACCUGCGCCGUCGGUACCGGGGCCAGCAGCGCAUGUGCCGACCAUCUCGGUUGUGCUCACCUAUCUGGCGACUGCUGUCCACCAGGUGGUCCACAGAUGGACUGCUGCAGCAACAAUACUGCUCUGCGACGGCUCGGAGGCCCCUACAUCAACAACUACGAUGGCCAAAACCCACUGGGCAUUCAGCCCAAUGGCCAGAGAAGCCAGAAUUAUUUUCUGAUGAUCGGUGACUGGGGACGUGCUGCCUCUCCUGGCCCAUGUCAGCGAGCAGUGGCUGACCACUUGAAGGCGUACGUUUCUCGCCAGCAGCAGCAGGGGAAGAAGUUGCUCUUCAUCGCAUCCGUCGGCGACAACUUUUACUGGAGUGGAGUGACGCCAGGCGCUUGGCAAGCGUCCUGGGCAUCCCUCUAUGGUCCCAACGACCCGGGCAGCCCCUUGUACCAGGUGCCGUGGCUCUCUGUUCUCGGGAAUCACGACCUGGGAAACGACGAUCCAUAUGCAGCCUGUGCUGAUCAAAUGCAGGCUCCCCUUGCAACCGUCAACGGCCAGCGAUAUGGCUGCGAACAGUUCAACGUGGACAAGAACCCCAACCGGCCCGGCAACACAAAACUGUACUGGCUGCCUGACUACAACUACCACUACGAGAUUCCAGAAGCAGACCUGGAAGUGAUCGCCAUUGACACGAACCAAGUUGACAUCGAGGGCCUUGGAGGUGACGCAGGAGGAGCCUGGAAGAUGGGAAAUGUUUGUGGAGGUGAAGGAAACAUGAGGAACUUCCUGCAGAGGGUCAACCAGGCUGGCCAAGAACUUCUCCGACAGCGUGCGGCGCAGGGCACAGCCAAGACAGUCUUGAUCAUGCAGCACUACCCGGGGCAGUGCCAAAAGGACAUCUUUCUGUCAGCUUUGCGGCCGGGUCGUCAGGUGAACGUCAUCUGCGCAUACGGGCACGACCAUUCGCAACGUUGUGAUGGGACCGACAACAACGGCCAGUGCAACAUGAUCCUGACCGGCGGAGGAGGUGGCUGCUGCCCGGGGGUCGUCAGCCGUGCUGGCUUUGCAGCGGUCGGCUUAACCGAUGAUGGAGGAUAUGUGUCUGACGUGCAGUCGGGCGACGUGACUGUGCCAGAUGGAACAUUGUGUUGGCAACCUGUGCCUAGCUUCUGCAGCCAGCGAAUAGCAAGCUUUGCUACUUUCGCCGACUCACUUUAUCCGAUUAUGUUUGAUUUGACUCGCCGACUCGGCGCAGCAGGCGAUCUGCAUCUCUACGCCAUCCUCGAAAGGCAUGACUGGCCACAGCCUCCGGCGCCACUUCCGGACAAGCUCGCAGAAACGCACCAAAAGCUGAUCGAUCAGAUAGAGAAGGAACUGGAGGAGCUGGAGCUUCGUGGUACCAACUGCGCACGUGCGCAUAGGGAGCGGGCUUCCCUGCUCACCCGUGCUUCUUAG